AACAAAGGCAUAAAAUAAAAAAAUAACAACAAAGGAUUUUGUAGGAAGUAGAAACGAUUUCCGCAUAUUUACUGAACAUUCAAGCAUCCGGAGUCAUCAAGUACAACAAAAGGGUUUAUGGCAGACAUUAAUUCCUCGUGCAAGCUUGAUGCGGGUCUUUGUGCGUGAUUUGCAAAUGGUGGCUAGAAGGUGAGGAGGAGGAGAGAAAAAAAAAACCAAGAAAGUGGUGGAGCGAGAAAGAGAGAGGCAGGAGGAGAAAGAGGAGAGAGGGGGAGAGGAGGAAAGAGAAGCAGGGAUGGGGAGAAGAUCGUGGGAGUGUAUAGGGAGUAUCUGCCAACCACUUCCCGACAUUCUCCGUCGCCCGGCCAGUGAGUGCUGGCGCCCUGCGUGAGGUGGCAGGCUCUGUGGCGGUUCAGCCGUCAAAAGGACCCAGUGAUGUGCACCAGCUGAUGCAAUCUCGCCCCCACUCUCUACCCCUCCCCCCAGCACAUUCACACCCCGCAGUCUCGCCUUCCUCCGCGCAGCUCUGGCUACUGAACUCGGUGAAUGCAUCACCCCUUCACCCCUCACCCCUCACACCCACAACGGUUCGGGAGGAGCUGCACGUGCGUCUGGAUGACUCGCAAAGAAGGUUGAGCCAGGCUGCAUUCCGUCACGGUUCACAGCACACUGACCACGCGUUUCCGUGGGAACAGUUUCCGCCGCUGACCUGACACGCUGUCCAUGAGUUUCUCCGGCUUUUGUAUCCGAGCAUCUUUGGAACCCACGUGUAUACGGCUCAGAGGCGGAGGGAGUGUGAACACGCCACCAUGUACGGGCUGCUGCUGGAGAGCAUCCAGCACCACGUGCAAGAGCUGCACGGCGAGCAGGUGUGGCAGCAGGUGUUGCAGGAGGCCGGGCUGCGCAACAUGGUCUUCUCCACCCACCGCCAGUACAGCGACCAGGUGAUGGUGCAGCUGGCAUCGGCCUGCAGCAAGGUGCUGUCCCGCUUCCUGCCCACCGUGGACUGCAGCAUGCACUUCUUCGGCACCUGCUUCGUCACCUUCUGCGCGCAGUACGGCUACGACAAGAUCCUGCGCGUGGCCGGCCGCAACUACUGCGACUUCCUGCACGGCAUCGACAACCUUCACGAGACCAUUCGCUUCAGCUACCCCCGCAUGCAGAGCCCCUCCUUCAUGGUGGAGGAGGAGGACGCGGAUGGGUGCGUUCUGGUGUACCACUCCCAGCGCAAGGGUUUCUCCCACUACGUCAUCGGGCAGCUGCAGCAGUGCGGGCUGACGCUGUACGGGGUCAAGGUUGAUAUCAAGGUCCUGAAGGAGACACCUGUCGGACACGGUUGCCACGUGCGGUACCGCCUGGACUUCAACAACAGUUCCUUCACCCCACCCACACCUAUUCAGUCUCUGGCCCGCAUCAACAACGCUCUCUGUCCUGUCUCAGGGUCCAUUUUGUUCAAGCUUUUCCCUUUUUGCAUCGUGUUUGGAGAGGAAAUGGUGAUUUUGCGAGCGGGGCCCAGUGCAGUCAAUUUAUUCAGCGGCCAACAGUUGGUGGGUUCACGGGUCACAGACAUCUUCUCCCUGCGCAGACCACCUGUGGACUUCACCUGGAAUAAUAUCCUGUGUCAACAGAACGUUGUUUUCGAGCUAGAAUCACCCCCCUUGUCCAACAUUGCAGACGACAAUAGUCAAAGCCAUGGACUGGAACAGACUUUGAAUGGCACGACAAAACUUAAACAGUGUGUGGAUGAAGUGCCUUCCGAUGUAUCCACAGCAAGCAGAAAAUGGACAAGCAAGCGUCUGCUUCGUGGGCAGAUGAAGCUAAUAAAAGAAUGGGGGCACAUGACAUUUCUUUGUGCACCGCUUGUUGGGAACCUGGAAGAGUUGCAGGAUCUCGGCAUGUUUAUCAAUGACCUCAACUUGUACGACAGCAGUCGGGAGAUGGUCAUUGCAGGAUGGCAGCAUGCUUCACAACUUGAAUACCUCAUGGAACAGCAAGUAGAAAAGAGCAACAAAAUUCGCAAGAAUCUCAAAGCACUGGACAAAGCACGGACAGAGAGCAACAAACUAUUGUACUCUAUGUUACCAGAAACCAUCGCUGUCCGCCUCAAACAUGGAGAAGAUCCAAUCAACACAUGUCAGACUUUUGAUGCUGUGACAAUACUCUUCAGUUACCUGGUUGGUUUCAAAGACAUCUGUAGUAAUGGAUCAGCCAUGGAUAUUGUUCGUGUCAUGAACAAUUCCUUUAUGGUCUUCGACCCUAUUGUUGACAAGUAUGGCUUAUUUAAGGUCGAAACACUCGGUGAUGCUGUGUACAUGGUGGCGGGUGGAGUACCAGAUGUUCGGGAAGAUCAUGCCCAGAAGGUGGCACACUUGGCUCUGGAAUUUGUUAGUGAAGCACACAAAGUCAAAUGCCCACUUGAGGGAACGAGCUUGAGUGUUCGAAUUGGUAUGCACACUGGGAGUGUUGUUGCUGGUAUUGUUGGAAAACGAACACCACAAUACUGUUUAUUUGGAGACACUGUAAAUACAGCAGCUCGGAUGCAGUCCCACAGUCAGCCAGGGAGGAUCCAUCUGUCUCAGCCAUGCCAUGAAUGUUUAAAAGGUACAGACUUGGUGUCAGUUUACAGGGGUCGCAUCAAUGUCAAGGGUAAGGGCGAGCUGAAGACCUACUGGCUGGCAGGCCGGUGCGGCCAGGAGUCUACCCGUCACAACUGCCUGAUGUUCCACACCGAGCACCGCCGCCACUCGCGCCACCACAGCAGCAGCUCUGUAGACGGCGCCUUCGACCUCCACAGUCUGCACUCGUCCACCUCGGCGUCCUCCUUCCAGGCGACUACCAUCCCCGCCGACGACGACGAUGAACGGACGACAGCUGAAGAGAUGUGCACGGCAUCCAGUCAUGGCAUCACGUAUCUGGAGGAGUUCCCGGAAGACAUAUGAUCACGUGGCUGACAGGGUCACGUGGCUUGUGAGCGGUCCCCGGUCUCUGGAAAGUGCGAGGGCUGGUAGUCGCCCCUGUGUCAAGUGGUGUGUCUGGUGCGCCACGGAGAGACACGUGGUCAGAAAGGACAACUCCCGACACCAGUUCAUGACAUCACAGGACAUUUUAUCUGGAGUACAAUGUUGUCGCAAGAAUUAUUUUUAGAAAGAUGACAUCAGCGCUGCUGUGUACAUUUUACGGAUAACUACUGAGCUUAAUGAUAUGAACAGAUCUGGACAGAGGUUAUCCGCUCAGUUUUAACAGGUUUUCUUGUGCCUGGGUAUGGCUGACAUGGUUUAGUUUAUUAAUGAUUAAACCAAGCUAAUUAAAUAAUUCACCGAGAUCAGUACAUUGCCCUAUUGAGCACUACUCAUCUUCCAGCAAUAAGUUCAUCGUCCUCGUGAUCACCACCACACCACUAUCAUCGCAGCCAAAGACUUAAUUUGUUGGGUGAACAAUCACCCACAUAAACGCCGAUUCUAAUUCACUUCCUCGGCUCCACAACUGACGAUCUUGUGCCCCUAGCAGUUAUGUUGUUUUUGUGAAGCACUCUGACCCUGCCUUGAUGGUGGGGAAAGGCGCUGUAGAAAUCAUCGUCGUCAUCAAUCACCAUCAAUCAUCAAUUAAUCAUCAUCCAUCAUCACCUCAAGUAGUGCAGGGGAAGCUGAGGUCAAGCUGUGGCCUUCAAUUUAUUUUAUGUCAAGGCGGAUCCUAAAGCUAGUGAGAAUGAUCGCCUCCCUACUGUCAGAAGUUAUUUGAUGACAUUCGAUUUUUGUUUGCUAGAAAAUAUUUACAUAUACACACGGUGGGCGCACCUUCCUUCGAGCUCACAGGUGUGGGUGAAUAAUGUACAGAUGUACGAUGACACUUCUACCUAGAAUUUAUAACGGGUAUAUUCUAGUAAUCUAUGUAUAUAUGUAAUGUACGUGACGUCAUUGUAACGGGUACUUGUACCACGAGUGUGACGGGUUCACUGUGACUACUGACGGGGUGUGUGCUGAGAUAUUCAGCACUCGAUCGUGGUGUCCGCAAAACCCGUGUUUACUCGGUAACAUGGGAUCUCGAAAUGUAAAAUUAGUGAGUGGCUUUAGGCUUUUACAGAACUAAGCUGAAUUCUCCAGCUUAUGUCCAAACGAAAGAUUAUCUCCAUACACACACUGUUUGUAAGGAACAUGUUAGUGCUGAUGUGAGAUACUAGAAUCUGGCCAUGUAGUAAAGUUCAAUGUCUGUGCGAUUAAGCAUGCAAAUAAAAAGUUACUUCUAA